AUGGUAUUCAAGCUGAUCACUUUUGUCUCUUGUUUGGCCGCUGCUCAAGCCGGAAUGAUACCAGCAACACCUCUGGCUUAUGCUUCCCCAAUCGCGAAAGUAGCAGCCCCAUUAGCAUAUGCUGCUCCCUUAGCAAAGGUAGCCGCUCCCUUGGCCUAUGCCGCUCCAAUAGCCAAAGCUGUUGUUUCCGGAGAAUACGACCCACACCCACAGUACAACUACGCCUACGAUAUCCAAGACGGUUUGACCGGAGACAGCAAAAGCCAGCACGAAUCCCGUGACGGUGAUGUAGUCCAAGGUAGCUACUCCCUCAUUGACGCCGAUGGUUUUAGACGUACUGUCGACUACACUGCUGACCCAGUCAACGGCUUCAAUGUUGUUGUCAAUAGAGAACCCCUCUUCCAGAAAGCUGUUGUUGCCAAAGUUGCUGCCCCAGUUGCCUAUGCUGCACCAGUAGCUAAAAUCGCAGCUCCACUUGCGUAUGCUCAACCCGCUAUCGCUAAGGUAGCAUACUCUGCACCAGUUGCUCAAUAUUAUCAUUAG